UUAUGAAAAGCGUUCCUCGCGUGUAUUCUGUUGAGGUUUUGUUUACGUUGGUUGUUGCGGAGAUAUUCUAUACAGUCUAUUUCUAAACAGGCGCUAGCUGGCUAAACGGCUGAAAGUUAAUACUAUACAUUUUAUCUGUUAGUGUGAGAAUGGACGAAUAUAACCGAGCCUCGUAUCUGGACGAGCCACCGAACAGUCGGCUGUUUCUCGUCACCAGUAAAUCCAUAACAGAGGAGACUAUAAGAGAGCAUUUCACAGAUUUCGGGGAGAUCCAGGACAUUCUGGUGGUGAGGGACAAGCAGACGAAAGAGUCGAAAGGAGUGUCGUUUGUGAAAUUCGCCAAAUCGUCGCAAGCCUGCACUGCGAUGGAGGAGAUGCACGGCCGAAGCCUGGCCGAGGGGACCAAACCCAUCAAGGUCUUCAUCGCUCAGUCCAGGGCUUCUGGCAGCCACAGAGAUGUGGAGGACGAGGAGCUCACCAGGAUCUUCGUCAUGAUCCCAAGAUCCUUCACCGAGGAAGAUUUAAAAGACACGUUCAAGGUGUAUGGAGAUGUAGAGUACGCUAUUAUCAUCAGGAAUAAGACCACGGGUGAAAGUAAAGGUCUGGGUUACGUGCGAUUCCACAAACCUUCACAAGCCGCCAAAGCCAUAGAAAACUGUGACAAGACUUUUAGAGCUAUUUUAGCCGAGCCCAGGUCCAAAAAUGCAUCCGCAGACAGUGAGUAUGUCAGUAACCCCAGAUCGGAUCACUCUGCCAAUGAUCCAGGCUCGAGCUCGUACACCUCUGCACACGAGUCCAGCAGCUACACCACGGGGGACACGUGGAGCUCGGACGUCAUCACGCGGUGCCUGCUGGUGUCCUCGCGGGCCACAGUCACGCAGGAGCAGAUCUACGGCCUGUUCGACCUGAUCCCGGGAAUGGACUUCUGUGAGAUGCAGAGAGAGCAGUACAGCUUCAGCAAAGGUCUGGUGCGCUAUAAUAACCUGGGCUCUGCGGUUUAUGCUAAAGAGAAGCUGAAUGGGUUUGAGUAUCCGCCUGGUAACCGUCUCUCGGUAUCUUAUAUAGACGAUGGGGAGGACAGGACGAGUUCCGUGGGGAAGAUGGCGAUGCAGCUCGUGGCCGCUCAGAUGAUGUCUGUGGUGUGGAACGGCCCUUCUGGAGCGCAGCUGAUGAAGACUAGCGCAGGCUACACAGCACCGUUUGUAGCUCAGAAAGCACGUGUGCAGACAGAUGUAGCUCUGCCUCCUCUGAGAAAGCUAGUGGCGUCUGACAGCGUGGUGAAGGAGAGGCUCUUCGUCAUCUUCAACCCCUCGCCUCUGCCUGUGGAUGUGCUGGAGGACGUCUUCUGCCGUUUCGGUUCGCUGAUGGAGGUUUACUUGGUUCCGGGCCGGAAUGUGGGAUAUAUAAAGUUUGCAGACCGCAAACCUGCUCACGAAGCCAUAGCACUGCUGCACGGUAAAGUGAUUAACGGCGUCAAGAUGAAGGUCUUGCUGGCAGACCCACCGAAAGAGGAAUCACACAAACGCCAGAGAACUUACUGACCUUUGACCUUCCCACAGACUCGGGUGAUGUUGAAGUACCCGCUCCUCAGACAGGCUGUGUUUGUCUGAUUUAGAGAAGUGGGCCUCACUCUCCUCUUCUGCUUCCCAAUAUGAGGGAUCCCAGGGCUUGGAUUUUUGUCUGGAUCAGUGUCUAAACCUGAUGGACUGAGUUCCUAAUGUUCACCCUCUGACUGAAGCCUAUCAUCUCUGAAGUCAUCAUUGAUAUCCUCUUCGUCUUCAGGAAGCUGCUUGAUGCACACAGUGUGGGUCAGGGCUGAGACACGAGGAGCGUCACCAGAGGAGGGCACAUUUUGGUUCAGACACAAGGUCUCAUGUCCUUAUGGCAGAAAUUUACCGUAAAAUUAAAGCAGUUAGUUUAUGUAAUUAGAAGUGAAUACUUUAAUUCAGCAAAGACACAAUUCAUUGA